AUGCCUUCUCCACCGACCUCACGAUCCGUCUUUGCUGAUGAUGAAUGGUCCCCUCUGAGGGCCGUCAUCGUCGGAACCGCCGGUCGUGCCUGCUUCCCAGCAGCUCCGCCGGCAAUGAUUGAAGCGACGAUGCCUUCCGAGCACCUUCACCGCUUCACUCCGAGGUCACCCUUCCUAGACGACAUCAUCGAGAAAGCGGAGGCAGAGCUCGAUUGCUUAGCCGCCAUUCUUCGCGGCGAGGGCGUUCGAGUAUAUCGCCCACCUCGUGGCAUCGACUGGCAAGCUGUAGGUGGCUAUACAGGAGCAAUGCCGCGUGACGGACUCAUCUCCAUCAACAACACGCUGAUUGAGGCUUGUUUUGCUUGGUCUUGCCGAGAUGGUGAGAUUGAGUUGGCUUAUGGAGACAUCCUCAAGGAGCUCGCUCUGGAAGAUCCGACUGCUCGUAUCAUUCGCCGGCCGGAAUCAGCCUUUGCGGAUACCUUGCUAGAAGGCAACGGCCCGCAUGAUGGAAACCCUUGGGUCAUCAACAACAGUCGCCCAGCUUUCGAUGCGGCGGACUUCAUGCGGUUCGGAAAGGUCAUUCUUGGGCAGUAUAGCCACGUUACCAACCAAGCCGGGGUGGACUACAUCCAACAGCAUCUGCCGGAGGGGUACCGCAUCGAGAUGUUGACCGUGGACGACCCUAAUGCGAUGCAUAUCGAUGCUACGAUUCUGCCUCUUCGCCAAGGCCUUUUAGUCUACAAUCCAAAGAAGGUUACAGAGGAAGAUUUGCGGGCGCAUGCCAUCCUAGCAGACUGGAAGYUGGUUGCUUUUCCUUUUGUACCCGAGGCUCCCAAAGACACGCCGCUGUACAUGACAAGCCCAUGGCUUUCACUUAAUGCCCUGGUACUGGACGGAAAGAGAGUCAUUGUGGAAGCUAGCGAUGAGCGGACGGCCGCUUUCUACGAGCAAUUGGGGAUGAGCUGUAUUCGAUGUCCAUUUAAGCAUGUGAACAGUAUUGGUGGCUCUUUCCACUGCGCUACAGUGGAUUUGGUUAGAAACUAG